AUGUCGGACUUCACUGUCGUAGAACCCAAGGGCUGGGAGUAUGAUCUCCAAUCUGUAUACUCGGCAUGGAUGGGGUUCUUCCAGCACCAUGGCGUUCCAUGGUACGACCGCACAUGGGGCCAUCUCUUCUCUUCGUUCGAAGAGUUCCUCGUAUUUUCCUGGCCCGUCAUUACAGUUACCGACAGUUGGACAGGACGCGCGCAUAUAGUUACUCGGCUCAGCUCUAUCAAUGCCUUCUUGAAGAUGGUGAAGACCAGAUUCGGAGAAACGCUGACCAUACCCCCGAAUAUCAUUCGCAUUGCACCGUAUGAGACCUCGUCGCGGCCACUGAGAAACAUCGCGGAUUAUGCGUCGUACCGGAAGCUGCAUCAGACGCUUGCGGCGACUCAUCUUACUGCUUUGAAGUCGCGUGUUCGCGCAUGCGAAACGGGGAUCGGGAUAAAGACCAUCGCUGAUCUGUGGGCGAAACGUGAUAAGACGUUCUUGGCUCUUGACUUCGAAUGGAGCGAGAGAAACAAGACGGUGCUGGAGUGGGGGUACGCAGCGGUCAGGUGCAGCCAUCUCGCAGCACAGGAGUGCUGGCCGCCAGUUCCGGAUAAAAACUACAUGAAAGGGCAUUAUAUUGUCGCCGAGCAUGUUGACAAGAUAGUCAACAAACACUCGCCCACUCAUCCAUGGCUCUAUGCAUUCGGAGAAAGUCAAGUGGUAUCGAAGAAUCACACUACUCACACCUUAUACUCCCGCGUAAACAGUAGCUUUACUAGUCCAGAUUCUGAGGCCACACCUAAUAACCUUGUCUUUGUGGGCCAUGGCAUCCAUGGCGACCUGGCGAAGCUCGAGGAGUUGAAGAUCAAACUACCACACAACAUGUUUGUUAUCGACACGGCGUUGUAUGAAAGGACACUCUAUCAUUCUGGGAAGCGUCCUGCCAUGUCCGAUCCUGCUACAGGUAGACCACGCGCUGAAGGCUCAACUCUUUCCUUAGAGAAUCUGCUCCACUCGCUUGCGAUACCAUUACCUGCUACACCGUCAAUUCCCGCGGUAACAGGAAAGCUGUCACCGAAGCGCAGCUCCCCAGUAGAGUCACCUUCUGGGGCGCCGAAUCUAAGCAACGGCCACACCUCUCCCAUUCCUCCUGUGAUGAGACCCCUCAUCCCUCCGGGGUGCGUCUUGAACAAUUCCGGCAACGAUGCGUUCAUGUGCUUGGUCGCUCUGCAGAUGCUCCUUGAGCCAGAGGGCCUCGCGCCGCCUAGCGUCAAGACCGGGCGCAUAGGGCGGCCUGGAGGACCUGGAAUUGCUCCAACAGGGUUUAUGGCGAUGCCUAUUACCAUAGCCCCGAUGCCUUUCGUUGCACCCCCAAUGCUCUUCCCCACGUACUCCGACGCGCGACCACACACCGCUACACCUGCAAUGCAGAUGUCCAUGUCACUCCCAUUCACGCGCGCAGCUAGCCAGUACUUCGGACCGCAUCCAGUUACUGGUGGAGGCAGCCCGUUGGUGAAUGAGCUAGGCCAGAUGCGUCUCGGCUUGGGGAACGAUAUCUCGAGAGAUAGCUCUCGCUCACCAAGACCGCGCACCGCGAGUACGCCGUUGAGCAGUGCGCGCGACCCGAGCAAGGUGACUGGUGUGGGACCGCGAUAUCCUGGGAGUAGCUUGAUGCCCGAUGUUAACAAGGCCGCCAGGAAUUCGUACGCGGGCCUGUAG